AUGAUGAGUGCAGGCCACAGCUGCCCAAAUUUUCAUGCUGGUUCGCAAAGUAAAGAAUUUCCAUUACGGAAUGGGAGAGCUGGGAAGUCGGGAUCCCAGCACCCUCCUGAGACCUCGAAAGGUAGAGUGGUUUCCUUGCAGAAUUCUGUGAAAGAGGGCACCUUAAACUUUUUAUCAUCCAUUGAAUAUUCAAGGUGUGAGCUGCAGCCAAGGCCGAGCCGGAUCCCGGUGAGCAGAGCCCGGGCGCUCGCCGCUCAUGGGCUGGCCCGCUCUGUCAGCGUGGCAGAGUCCACCUCCAUGAGGGUGUGGAAGUUCAUCAAACCAGGGAUCAAAAAGCAGCUCUCGCUCUCCGGUGUGUCCAGGAAGGAGACCCCUUCACUGCAAGUCUCCUCCAGGGCUCUGCUGAAGAAGACUGGUAGGAGUUCCUUCUACAAUGUGGACUUGGACACAGAGGGCAAGGGCACCACCUCUCAACAGGAGAUUCCUACAACACACCUGGUGUCUGAGCCUGUUCCACUUUGCAAAAAACUACCACUGUACAGUGAGGCUUGACUCAACUACGCCACACCCUUCACAUCUGUCUCCGUCAACAAGCAGUAAUCCUGGAGGAAAAGGUUGCUCUUUUGGUUUCUUGGGGCUGGAGUCACACCCACUUACAUUCUCUGUACACGUGCACAGUUUGGGUUCGAAAUGAUGCAAAUAGAUUAUGAAGAACUUGGUGCAUGGUAAAAGUAUAAUAAGAAGGCUACCUCUUUGGACGUGGGAAGCUGUGAU